AUGGGGUUUGAGUCUUCGAGUCGGCCUGGUAGUCUUCACCCUGCUUAUGGCCGUCUUUGUCCCCCAUUUCGCCCUCCUGAUGGGUUUAACGGGGAGCCUCACCGGCGCUGGCCUAUGCUUCCUCUUGCCAAGCCUCUUCCACCUGAAGCUCCAUUGCAGGCUGGAAAGCAUGCAGUUACAGACUGGAUUCAGAAGGAGCUGGAUCUUAUCACUCUCCCUGACAUCACUGGUGAAAUUGACAUCAGCAUUUUUGGCAGCGUAGACUACACUCUAACAGGCAUCCGCAUAGUAAAGUGGGACCUUCCAGAGCCGUCUGUUCAGUUCUAUCCAGAUGCCACUGGAUUCAAGGCGUCCAUCUCAGGCCUCAAUGCUGUACUGAGUGGAGGGUGGAUGAUGGACUAUGGCAUAAUAAGUCAGAGUGGAUCAUUUGAUUUGGCUGCAUCCAUGGUGGAUGUGACCUCUGUAGUGGAGCUGGGGAAGGAUGCUGGAGGGCGUCUGUCCGUCAGCAGUGGCAGCUGUAAUGCUAAAAUUGGAGAUGUGGACAUUGCACUCUAUGGUGGAGCAAGUGAGAUCCUCCAGUUUUUUGUGGACAACUUCAAGGGGGACAUCAUCACAACAAUCGAGAACAGAAUCUGCCCUGGUGUGCAGACACUGAUUGGAAACCUGGAGUCCCACCUACAGGCCAUGAACGUUUCCUUUGACGUGGAUCAAAUUCUUACUCUUGACCUCCCUCUCAGCGACUUACCUGUCAUUAAAGCUUCAAGUCUAAAUCUAGGUCUUAAGGGGGAGUUCUUCGGUAUCAGAACUCACAAGGACCCUCCCUUUGAGGCCAAACCUUUCACAGUACCUGAACAGCCAGGCUACAUGUUGUCAGUGGGCCUGUCUGAAUUCACUCUGAACUCUGCCUUAUAUGGAUGCUACUCAGACGGACUGCUUCAGGCCAUCAUUAAUGAUAGCAUGGUACCCCCAUUCUCUCCUGUGCAUCUAAAUACCAGCUCAAUGGGGAUCUUCAUUCCUCAGCUUCCCAAGAUGUUUCCAGGUCUGCUGAUGACUCUGCAGGUUUAUGCCAAAAAGGAGCCUCUAUUUUCCCUCCAACCUGAUGCUGUGAAACUGGGCGUCCAGGGUGCUGUGAAGGCUUUCGCCAUCCAGCCCAAUAGUACCCUGACCCCACUGUUCACCCUCAAUGUUAACUCAAAUUUCAGCAGUAAAGUGUGGAUUUCUGAUGGAAGACUGAAGGGCUCAGUGACAAUGGACAACUUCACACUGACACUGGCAGCAAGUGAAGUGGGAACCUUUCAGACUGCUCCUUUGGAAAAGGUUGCAAAGAUUGGAAUCCAGACUGAACUUUCAACAAAGGUCAACGUCUUACUGGCCAAAGGUGUUAUUUUACCCAGAAUGAAACAAGCACAGCUGGUCAACUCUGUUCUGAAGGUGGAGAAGGGGUUUAUAGCCAUGUCUUCAGAUGCUACAGUGUUUCUAACAGACAGAGACUUCGACUGACAAACUGCUCUUCUCUGAGUUCAGAGCCUUAAACUUUCAGCGACUAAACAAAUUAGAUAUGUCUAUGUCUGACGCCCCAUGACAAGAAUCCUAGUGUGUUUAAAAGACCUCUACCAACAGUCUGGAUCCUGGACUAUAAACAAUCAACGAGCCUUGGCACACAGUAUCCUGCAUAAUCAGAAUUUCUAUAUUCAUGAUUUACAUGUAUACAACCUUCAUUAAAUCAAGUGAUAAAGCCUAGUUGAUGUAUACUGAGUGGAUGUAUGCAGCUUAAGUCUGAUUUGGUUUUUACAACAAACAAAACUGAAAAAAUUUUAAUGUGUUCAGACUGUCUAAUCAGUGUAAAUAGAGUAGGAUACAUACAAUGCUACAAACAGAGAAAAAAGCUGCUGAGUUUAUUUUGAAGUCUGUGGAUAUGAGCGUGUCUUUAUUUUAUCUUUUAAAUUCCUCUCAUGGCUUUAAACUUUCUUCUACAGAUUAACAAUUCUAGUUGUACAGCUACUUGCCAUUCUUUAUUCUACCACCAGAGGACACAGGCUUAAAGUAGUGAAUGUGCAAAAUACAUUGUAUGGUGACACAAUUUACAUUUUAAAACACUUCAACUUUUAUAACACAAUCUUGGGACCCCCUGAAUUAUGUGAAGCUUUAUUUAACAAUUUUUGUUUUUAACUAAAGGACUUGUCUGUGCAGAUUCUCAGUCUUAGAAACUUAGAAAAAAAUCAACUGGACUAGAUUUCUAGGUCAAGAAUGUUUCACCUCUCAUCCAAGAGGCUUCAUCAGUUCUUGAACUGAUGACUUGUUCAGCGCAAGAGGGUGUUUAUGGUCUUUUGGUUUGGGAAAAACUACCUCAAAGUGCUAAUUCAGACAUUAUACAAAUCACCACAUUCAUGAAACCAUGACAUCUCUUUAUUCUGAAACAUUUCAGUGUGUACUCUUCAGACUGUUACGUGUUCACAUUGUUCAAAUGAAAAACAUUCAAAAUAUAAAUAUAUGCCUGUUUACAGCCACUGUUCUUAAAAUACUCCCCAUUAGAAAAACAUAACGCUUGAUCCAUGAAACAACACGAUGUGUAGACACUGAAGGGCAGCUCGGUCAGUUAGGCAACAGACCAGACAUCACAUGAAUCCUGUACUGGAUGAUGAAUGGAGUAGAGAGAAAAUUAAUUAUGAAUAAGCUUCUAAAAAGAAGCUCAGCUGAGCAAGAUCUGGAUUGUGGCACAUCAUGGACUUGUGAUGCUUGUAACACUGAAAAAUAGCUGCAGGUCUACCACAAGCCCCGUUAAUGUAAACUUUGCAUUUGUAACUAUACUUACUAAAAUGUCUAGAGAGAAGAAAAAUGUUACAGGGUUAUUAUGCUGCCUACAUCUCAGUGUAGUGUUUGAGAAGAAGCAACAGGGAAACCAACAUUAUCAAUUCUGCACCUGAGAGGCGUCUGAGAUUAGAAAGGAAAUGUAUUAUAAAAACUGUGCUGCCACUAAGAUCUAUCAAUUUAACAGCCUUUGUCAAUGUUCACUAAUGCAAAUAUACCAUAAAUAUCACCAUCUAAAGACAGUAUGAAAACAAUGGUCAGAGUAUAUGGACUGAGCUUGUUCAGGGUCAUAAAGAUGAAUGUGUUUCAGGGCAUUAAGCUGGUACUAAUACAAUCGACACUUCAUGUUGGUCCUCUCAGAUUCUGAACAGCUCCUUACAACACUAAUGAGCGUUCACAGCACAUUAUUCACACUGGUGAAUGCAAACAUGUUGCUCAAUGCUCUUGCACUUUUUGCAGCUUCAGGUACCCAUUUUGAAAAUAACUAACAUUCAAGUAUGCACAAGCUCCUGUACUGUAAAACAUAAUAAACAGCACAUCAUCAGAGAAAACAGAUGAGAUGAUGUGGAGGCACAGUGUGUAUUAUAAAAAAAAAAAAAAAA